AUGGUGGAAUUGGGAGUGCCGGAUUAUCUAAGGACCCUCGUGGGGAACUACCUGUCGGGCAGGAAGAAUCCUGCAGGGACAGGGAAGGGCUCGGUUCUUGGACCAGUCCUGUGGGACGUCGCGUACAACGCGGUCCUGGAGGCGGCUCUCCCCUCGGGGGCACUGUCAGUAUGCUACGCUGAUGAUACUUUGGUGCUCGCCGAGGGGGAAACAUGGGAAGAAGCGGUCGCCACCGCGAACGUUGCGGUGGCCUGCAUAGUCCGGGUGAUUGAGGGCCUGGGCCUCCGAGUCGCGGCUAGGAAGACGGAGGCGGUGUUUCUGCACAAUGGGAAGCAUGGGCCGCCUCCGGACUCCCGCAUAAUGGUAGGGGAUACGCGGAUCCAAGUGGGCUCCCACAUCAGGUACUUGGGUAUUCUGCUGGACGGUAGAUUGUGCUUCCGCGAACAUAUCGCGAAGCUGGCCCCCAGGUUGGAUGCAGCGGCGAACGCACUAUCGCGGUUGAUGCCCAACCUGGGAGGCCCAAGCGGUAGGGUGCGGCGACUGUUCGCAAAUGUGGUGAGCUCCAUCGCCUUGUAUGGAGCCCCCAUCUGGGCUGAAGAGGUGAGCGCGAACAAAAAGGCGCGCGCGACGUUACAGAAGGUGCAACGCCGGAUGGCGAUCAGGGCCACGCGUGCGUACCGCACAGUAUCGCACGCGGCGGCCACACUCUUAGCCGGGAUUCCCCCGGUGGACGUACUGGCUGGCUCUUACAAGUGGGCCUACGAGAAGAUAGCGGAUCUAAAGGCCCAAGGAGUCCCUAUCGCCGCAAGAAUUAGGAGGGCGAUCAACGCGCAGGCCAAGAAGAGAGCCCGAGAGGCCUGGAAGAGGAGACUGGCGGAGCCCAACUGCCCGGGUAGGCGGACUGUCCAAGCCAUUCUUCCGGUUAUGGAGGGGUGGCUGGACAGGCCGUGGGCAAGGGCAUCUUACAGAGCGUCGCAGGUGCUCACCGGGCAUGGGUGCUUCGGUGGGUACCUGCGGCGCAUAGGCAAGGAGGCGACAGCAGCUUGCCACCAUUGCGACGAGGGAUGCGACGACGCGCAGCACACGCUGGAGGUGUGUCCGGCGUGGGCUGCGCAGAGAAGCCUGCUGAGAGGAGUCGUAGGCGAAGAUCUCUCCAUGGAGGCGGUUGUAGAGGCGAUUGUCCAGAGGGGCUGGAGCCCAGUGGCGGGGUGCGGCAUCCCCCCGUCCUGUGGCAUAUGCCGACUCCCCCGGGGGAACCCGGGGGCCCGGGCUGCAUCGGCGUCCGUGGUCAUGUCUCGCGGUCGGUGUGGCCCGGUGGGGGUAUACCCCGGUCGGCGGAGCCUCGCGCGGUAUGGGGAUGAAAGAGAAAUGGAUGCCUCAAACUCAAACACAACCCCCAUUUUGGACGAGGAGGAGGUGAGGGACGGCGGCAAGGCGGCCGAAGAUCUGCCGCAGCCGCAGCAGAAGGUCGGAGAGAUAGCCCCCCACUUCAAGGGAUCAGCGUCGGCCGGUCAAUCCCCGGCGGUUGCGCGAAGACUCACAAGGUCGAGUGCAACCGGCCCCUUGGGGGAGAAGAUCAAGCCGUGCUUUGUGAGUGUGGCGGCGAUGAAGCUGCAGCAGGAGUUGGACGCUGGACUGGCAGGGGUUCAGCGUUCAGUCACUGCCAAGAAGAGGAGCGCCAAUGCGCCUGUCGAGUCGGACGGAGACGCAGCAACAGCGGCCACCCGGAAGGACUCCGACGUGCUGAUGUCGCAAGACGGGACGCGAGAUGGGCGCUCGGAGACCUCGGACGGACGAGUCCGGUCUAAGGCUAAGCGCUCACGUAGCCAAGCCACUGGAUCGGGUAGUUGCGUGGGUCUACACGGGGCCAGAGUGAAACUCCAUGAGCAGGAGUACACUGACAUCGAGCGCGAGGGGGAGGAGGAUUUUCAGAAGCGACAGGCUGAAAUAGCAGCUGGGAUAAUCCCCAAACCCCCUCCAAGGCCCAGAAGGGGUCUUAAGGAAAAGAGGAGCGCGACGGACGGUGGUGGACCGGGGGAGGACCUCGCGGCCCUCGAACCGGACACACUUCAGCGUCUGCUGAUGGCUGCGGCUUCGGUCCGCAACGUCCAGUCGACCUCCGGAAACCUCAAGGGGACCCAUAGCAGAGCCCUUAAAGACGCGGCAUGGGACCUUGAGGAGAUAGAGGAGAAUAUCCGUCGCGGCACCAUAGCCGGAGAGCUGAACCGCCUCCGAGAGAGGAAACAUCUCCUGGAGGGUAAGGUGGCUAGCCUAGAGGGGGAGGUCGACAGGCUCCGAGCUGAGCUGGGGGAACUGAGGUACGCUGGGAUACCCAAACGGCGGGCUCGCGUUUCUCACUCCUCCUCCUCGGAUAUCGUCGAGCCGGAGGCCGGCGGGCGGGCGAUGCGGAAUAAGCGCUCGGGUAAAAGAGUGGAAUCAGCCCAGCCCUCCCCCGCCACGACAGUGCGGGGGGGAGGUGGCAGGGCGGGUAGAGAGGAGACACGGUCCGGCGUCGUCGAGCGGAUGCGGGCAAUGUUGGAGGACACGUUGGGCCCCCUAGUCAUACGGAUAGUGGGCCCGAUGUUGGACGCGAGGAUAGACGCUAUAAGGGACCGUCUGUUGCCGGAGCAAUCCUUCCGUCCCCCCUUGGGUAAAUCGGGCCCUGAACAGGGAGUCGCGCAGGGGGAGUCCACUCGGGUCCAGACAACGGGCCCGAAAAAGGGUGAAGACUCCCAGGGGGUCCCACAGGCCCCAAAAGGGAAGUGUCCAGUAGCGGCGGCACGUAAGGCCUCCGCCGCUGGACGAAUUCUCGUCGGAUGGGUGUCCGCCCGCAUUGAGGCGCUGGAGCCAAGGCCGCUCCAGUGCUUCAAGUGCCAUGGGCUUGGCCACACCAAGCCACUAUGCAAGGCGACGGUGGACCGCAGCAGCGCCUGCUUUAGAUGCGGCGUUGCGGGACACCGGUCGGCCCAGUGCUCCGAGGCUCCCCGAUGCACACCGUGUGCAGAUAGUGGGAAACCCUCGGAACACAGAAUAGGCAGUACCGCAUGCGGGAGCGCUGCUUCUCGCAAAGGCGGGAAGCUGGCGGUCGGGGCCGGCCCUUCCCCUUCCAAGAAGGGGAAGAACAGGAGGAAGAAGAUGAGGGGCCGGUCUCGGUCGACCAGCAAGCAGAAGGCCCCCUCGGGGGCGGGAGGGCAAGACCUUCAGGCCGUUCCUCCCGCCCCUGAGGCAACGUGCGGGACCGGUGGGGGGGUCACGGUGGUGCCAAUGGAGACAGACGCCGUCCCCCCCACACCGGCUGCGCAGGAGGUGAUAUCGCCUGAGGGGGCCCCUAAAACGGGUCCCCCAGAGGCAACAGAUGCCCCCGCGUCCUGCGGGGGCACGGAUGUGGAGGCGCCUAAGGAAUAUGCGCCUGCCGGUGCGGGGACCCCUUGGGUGGACGAGCCUGGGAUCCUUGCGCUGGCAGAGGGAGAGGGAGUGUCUGCUGCCGGGGAAAGGUCUACCCCGGCGGCUGAGGACUCUCCAUCCGGCGUCCCCAUGGACGCGGAUGAGGAUGGUCCGCGGGAGGACGCGACGGGGGUGGUAUAA